CUUCUCAUCUCAGUACUCGACUACAGAAAAGAAAACACGAUUAGGAUUCUGCCGCCUCUGUCUAGAUUUAUCUAUGGCGAUUCCUCUUCCUGUUUCCAUCUUCUAAGAUCGAUCUUUAGCACUCUGCGAACGUUUUUUCAGGAUCUUCCCAUCGACGCCGUUCCCUACUCCACCUUUAACUCCCUCCGCCUCGGAAGAUCCACCCAAUAUGUUGUCUGUCGAGUUGAGGCUUUCUGUUCUUCUUCUUCGUCACAUGAGUGGUCUUCAUCAUGUCCACCCCCUGUCACGCGGUCUAAGGCGGCGGUGGCAGCACCGGCGGGUCUUCGUCAGCGAGCGAGUUUCCGGUUGAUAAUCAAGGACUGGUUUCGGAUCCUGGAUCGGAAUCUGGAGAGCCGGAGCUUGGAUCCUCUGAUCUGAUCAGCAAGCCAUGGAUGCGGAGAAACAUGUUUUAACUGAUGUGCCUGUGAUGGAGAUCUCUCUUGAAGCCGACGCAAACCCUGAAGCCGAUGUCUUGGAGAUAUCUACAAUAGCAGGCGAAGUGGUGACGAAUGGUGAGAAGUCGAAGGCAGGGAAGAAGCAAGCUAAGGCUCCAUCGGCAAAGCUACUUUCUCAGUAUUCUCAGAACCCACACCGUAUCAUGAGGGGUCCUGUAUCAAUGGAAGCUGAUUUCAUUUGCAAAGCUUGGAUUGUUGAGGUCCUCCAACAUAAUGGCUGGUCGUCCUUUGCUUACCGGAUGCAGCAGAAGUUAGACAAAUCUAGCACUUCUAUUCGUUGGAAUAGAUGCGUUUCUCCCAAUGCUACUGGUGUUAUCAGAGGUGCCGUGUCGAGCUAUCAGUUGAUGAUGGCAACGAUAGUGCUACGAUUGUGUUGUGGUCUUCGAAAGGGAGAUAACUAAGCUCACUAAGAGAGAUGCUUCUGAUCUCGCUAUUGAGUUGUUAUCCUUUUUCUCGCUUACACUACAUUUGUCCACAGUUAAAAUUGGCACAGUCACUCUGAAACAAACUACGUAUGAAUGACGUUGGAGGAUAGGAACUCCUGAGAUGUCUUGAAGAGCUUGCUGGGAAGGAAAACAUUUUCAAGAUAUGUGUCACUUCAUACAUUUUCACAUCAAGCCAUCGUAUCUUCACUGUCUCUAAAAGUAGCAGCAACAACCAAGCUCCAAUUGAUGAAGGGGAAGGUGGAGAAGCAAUUGCAUCUGUCAGCAACACUGCUGCAGCAGGAGACUAUGAAUUAAACCCUCCCAGUUUGGAAGCAAAAUAGAAUAGCCGCAAACACAUUGCGUGAGUGAUAGUUCAAAUGCCCGUUCUGCUCUCAACCCCACUUAGCUUUCUUCUGUUUAGAAUUUUUAAGUUGCUAUGAUUUUUAUUUUUGACAAAAAAUUUCUCUGAUUUUGAAUCCAGUUUCUUCGAGGAGGACAAUUACUAAGUUUUUAUAUUAAAAAAAACAGCGUUGAUGGCACUUUACAUA